AUGGAUCGAAUUCGGCCGAACAACAAGAAAAAAAUUUGGGGAAAACUGCUACAGCCUUCUGUUGGCCCCCAGAAAGAUCCACCUUCGUCGUGCUCCGCCGGUCCAGUUGGCGACGACUUGUACCACUGGCAGGCUUCGAUCAUGGGUCCUCCAGACUCGCCAUACGCAGGAGGUGUGUUUUUCCUCUCGAUCCACUUCCCAACUGACUAUCCAUUCAAGCCUCCUAAGAUCAACUUCACCACCAAGAUCUACCACCCCAAUAUCAACGGCACUGGCUCCAUCUGUCUAGAUAUCUUGAAGGACCAGUGGUCGCCUGCGCUCACCAUUUCCAAGGUGCUUUUGUCCAUCUGUUCCUUGUUGACCGACGCCAAUCCCGACGAUCCUUUGGUUCCAGAGAUUGCUCACGUCUACAAGCUGGAUAGACCAAAGUACGAGGCUACUGCUAGAGAAUGGACCAAGAAGUACGCCGUCUAA